UUUGUGCACUGAAUCCUUCACUCACACUGAUGUUCAGGACGACGGGAAAAUGUCUGGCUGACAAACACUUACUAUGGAUUAUGAAAAUGUGACUAUUUUAUCAGGAAACAGGAUUCUCUGGACUUUUCUCCUCCUGCUGUGCUGUUUACUGUGUGCGGCUGGAGACGAGACGGUCAAACUGCAGGAAGUGGAAGGAACCAAUAUAACUCUCCAUACUGGAAUAACUGGAAUUCAGAGUGAUGCUCAGAUUCAGUGGUUUUAUGGACCUGAGAAAGCAGAGGAAAUUAUAUUGAACAGUCAGGUGUUUAAAGGAGAAACUGUUACAGAAAUCAGUGAGAGAUUUAAAGAGCAACUGCAGCUGGACAGAACCAGUGGAGCUUUAACCAUCAGGAACAUCAACAGAAACCAUUCUGGAGUUUAUUUAUUACACGUCAUCGCUGGACGUCUCACAUCCAGGACUUUCAGUGUCAGUGUUUAUGCUCCAGUAUCAACUCCAGUAAUCAGAAAUCAAAGAGGAAAACGAAGUGUGUCUUCCACAGAGCAGUGUUUCCUCCUGUGCACUGUGGAGAAUGGAGAAGAUGUGAAGUUAUCCUGGUACAGAGGGAAUGAGAGAAUCUCCAUCACCAAUAACACAGAUCUCAGUGUUCCCCUCAAUCUCCCACUUCAAAUACAACUCCAUGAUAUUAACACUAACACUUAUAUCUGUGUGUCUGCAAACCCUGUCAGCAGUAAAACAGCUUCUCUCAACAUCGCACAGCUCUGUGAUCAUAACUCAGGACAAACUGAUCGUUCCCGUUCACUGCUUCCUGUCCUGAUAUCUGUUGGAGUUUUUGUGUUCAUAAUAAUAUCUGUAUCUGUGUGGCUUUGGCUGAAAAAGAAAAAGCAACCAGUUUCUGAAGUGACUUACGCUGCUGUGAAUAUUACAACUCACAGUGCAGAGAGCGUUAAAGAGGAAGAAAACUCGAGAGUAACGCAUGGUGAAGCGGAGAGUGACUCUGUGGUGUAUGCAGCUGUGAAGAAAUCCAGAUAAUUCAACACAUCAGUAUAUCCUUUUUAUUAUUUUAAUCAAUUUGUUAUUAAACCUUUUUUUAAACAGUAUUUAUCUUGUUCACAGUUGGUCGCAAGUGUUCACUAUGUGUGUUUAAAAUGUGUAGAUUAUGUACACUGGCUGUUAAAAAGUUGACUUGGUUAUGUUUAAGAUCAUAUUUCAUCCUAAAUACCUUUGAGGGGAUUUUAGGAAGUAGAUUUCAGGGUCUCGUAACUGAUUCCUAUCUGAACGUCUGCUGGUUAAACUUGUGUUUUUCUCACGAACGUAUUUGUGAACUGAUUAAUCUGUUUGCUCUGAGCUGUGCUGAAAUCCUGUAGGAGUUAGGUGUGUGUUUAAUGUUAAUAUAAUAUUUGCAUGCUCUCGUUAUAUAAUCAUGAAUAGCAACAUUAAAGUUAGCUAAAAACCAAGUGUCAAAAAGGCAAGCUCAUCAGAAAUGCUUCAGAGUUUUUACUGGAACACGUCAGGUUUGUUAUAACGAAUCAGCAGCUUCAGUUUUCCAGCUGCUUCUCAGUGUUUAAGCUUCUCAGGUUGCAGAGCUGUGAGACAGCACAACUUCAUAACCGGAAGAGACAGAAGCGUCAGAGAGCUUGUCUUAUACAGUCAGGUCCAUAAGUAUUUGGACAGUGACACGAUUUCUGUAAUUUUGCUUCUGUACACCACCACAACGGAUUUGAAAUGAAGCAAUCAAGAUGUGAUUGUAGUGUAGACUUUCAGCUUUAAUUCAAGGGGUUUAACAGAAAUACUGCAUUAACUGUUUAGGAAUUUCAGCCAUGUAUGUAAGAGAGGCUUCUUUCUAGUUUGUUUUUUUUUUCCAACUCAGAGCUUGCAGUUUUUUUUAAAUAAAAAUGUAAACAUGUAAACUCCCCCUUUUGUUAUUUUUGCUUUAUUGCCUAUUAAAAGGCUGAAGGGAUGAAUAAUUAACUAUUCAGUUAAAAACA